AUGAGUGGAGGACGUAAGAGAUCUACAACAGCGUCAAAAGAAGAAGAUGACUACUCAUUGAAAAGGCAACGAAAUAACGAAGCUGUAAACAGGUUUUUAUAUACAAUUUUUCAGAGUCAGUGAAUGGCUUGAACGUAACAUAAUAUAAUUAACCAAUACUCUUAAUGAUAUUAGUUUUGCUUAUGAGUAAUGUGAGUCAAUGACAGUUAAAAAAAUAUUCAUUCUUUCAAGUUUUUUUAUCGGGAAUUUUAUUGUGAUACAAAAAAAUUUAAAAAAAGUUUUAAUUUUCUACAAAAAAAUAAAUUAAUUUUAAUUCUUAAUUAUCAUUUCAUUCAGUCAAGUCGUAUAUAAUAUAAAAAUGAUUUCAUUUCCCAAAAAUCUGAUAACCAAUUUCUUAGAACACGUCAGAAGAAAAGACAAGAGGAGUCGCAAACCGCAGAGCGCGUAGAAGAAUUGAGAACUGAAAACGAACAAUUAGAGCGAAAGGUUGGAUUUUCAAAAAAAGUUAUUGGCUUACAUAAGGUGUUGAAGGUCGAAUCAUUGCAAAAGGAGCUCUCAUUUCUCAAAGAAAUGUUCGUCGCCUACGCAAAAGGCGGAAAAAAGGAAGAUGGGGCCCCCAGUUCUUCUGGCGGUCCAUCCACUCGGUCCAAAUGA